AUGUCGCAGCCAUGGGAUUACAUCGCAAAGCUUGUCUGUAUUGGCGAUUCCGGCACUGGUAAAUCCAGCCUCACCAUCCGCCUCUGUGAAGGUCGUUUCUCCUCAUCCCACGAUGUAACAAUCGGUGUCGAGUUCGGCUCCCGCAUCGUCCCCGUCGGACCCCCAGCCUCGGAUUCCUUGGGAAUAGACUUUGACCUUCCACAAUCACCUUCUCCUACUCCAUCAUCCCACCUUCCAGUUAUCCCCCCACCACAAACGAGAAUUGCUAACCCAGCCGCUUCCAACUCCCUCGGUCCAACGACGUUAAUAGACGUCAGAGAUUGUUCCAGACCAAAACCCUAUCAGCAAAAGCCACUACUACAACAACCCUCUGGCUUGCCUUCCCUUCCCCGCAAACAACAAUCUCCACCAGUCCAGAAACGUAUGAAACUCUCCCUCUGGGACACCGCGGGCCAAGAAUCGUAUAAAUCUAUCACUCGCUCAUACUUCCGCGGUGCGUCCGGUGCCCUCCUAGUCUUCGACAUCACACGACCCUCCACCUUCGCCUCCCUAACGCAGUGGCUGCAGGACCUGCGCCAGAUCGCCGAGGAAGGUAUCGUGGUCAUCCUUGUUGGAAAUAAGAGUGAUCUUGCUGCGCCUUCUCAAGGGAGAAGUGAUGGCACUGGCGACUGCGGUAAACAGCCUAAAGAAGCCAUAGUUACAAGAGAGGAAGCGGAGGCUUGGUGCCGAGCGAAUAAUGUAUCUCGGUACGUGGAGACGAGUGCAAAAUCCGGGGAAGGGGUUGAAAGGGCGUUUCUGGAGGUCGCGGAGCGAAUAUACCGGAACAUUGAGGCCGGCAGGUAUGACUUAAAUGACCGGCGGAGUGGAGUUAAAGGGUUUGGAGCUACCGGGGGAGCGGGUGGUGGAGGUCGCCCUCAGAGGACUGUUACACUGGGCGUUAAUGAUGCGAUGGAGUCAGGCAAGGGUGGGUGUUGUUGAUCGCAUUCGUUUUGCUCUCUCUUUUCUUUAUUGUUGUUGAUUGUAUUUCCUCUCGCUUCUUGGACGGUUCACUCUGCGGCUUUCAAUACCCAUUUCUCCGGUCAAAGGACUUAUAUCACUACCGUUGCAUGUCCACCCUAUGUCUCUCUCCAUUAUAUUUAUUAGUUGCGUCACAAACAGUUUUGUUUUUCUUUCCUCAUGUUUUCUUUUUCCUAUCCCUUCUUGUAACAUGGUAUGGCUGCCUUCACAGUCGGAGUGGAAUAUUUUAAUGGGAGGGAUAAUGUUUUAUCUCACUCCUACAAAAGUAAAAUCCUUAUUUUCCACCUAGUUUCAUAAAUUAAGUAGUUGUUAACAAG